UCCCUGAAAUGUCUGUGAUUGGUGAUGAUGAUGAUGAUGUAGCUCGCUACAGUUAUUUUCUCCCCAGAAACAAUCAAAUCUCGUUGUUGAUUGGGUCCUUAAAUUAUGUCGUCAACAUUUCGGAUAACGGUCAUUUGAGCUGUCAAGUCUGAUGUAAGAUACCUGAAGAAGAGGGCAGCAUCAAUUUCCCACUCUAGCUACUCCUCUGUUUGAUAAGAUGUCGGCGUUUGUCCUUUUCAACGGCAGCAAGAGGGUCACUCUAAGACCAGAAGACAUGAUGACUUUGAAAUUAAGCGUCAUUUUUCAGGUCAAAAACGAGAGUAUAUAUCUCACAGAUGAUGCCAAUGUAGCAAUAUUUCCAGAAGAAAAUGGGACCUUCUUUUGCUUGGACCUCUAAGAUCGGGGGCACUAUGAAGUGCAUGGAGACCGCACUCAACAGGACUCAACUCCUGCCGUAGACCCUCCUGCCCCAUCUGCCCACUUUUCUUUCCAGCGCCCACAUGCUGCCAGUGCUGCCUCCUCGAGUAGGCCAGUGACCAAGGCGUUCCAAAGGAAUGUCUUCAUUGGUGAAAUUCUGGAGGGGAAGUUGGAGACCAGUAAAAUGGUGAAGGUCCGCUUUGGCGAAUUUGAGGCAUGUGUGCCAUCCAUUCUGGCCAAGGUCAGGGAGGCCCUUGGAGAGCAAGAACCCAUGAUUCUGACGGACAACCAAGGAAACAAGAUCCUUGAUACAGAGGGCACCAGGGGAUCAUCAUUCUGGAAACAAAACUCCAGGAAGGAGUUUGCCGUGCUGGAGAAUCAGUUGGGUCAUCUACAGGCCAACAAGAGGAAGAGGCUGAGUCGGCGCGACGAUACUGCCUCUGUGGUUGCCGAGAUAGAGGAGGUGGUUGAGGCAGCCCAGGAGUUGAAGGAGGUGACGAAGGUCAUCAAGGAAUUGAGUGGGGCGUCUGCGCGGUCAACUAUCCUGGUGCUGGCCGAACCAGAGGUGACAACCAUAAGGGCGGCAUUUGGUUGUCUCAUCUGCAAUGGUCUUGCUGUUAGACCAGUGUUCGCCACAUGCUGCAGGAGCAUUAUAGGGUGCCAAAGGUGCGUUCAUGUGUGGACAAGAGAACGACCUUCAUGUCUAAAGUGUCGGGCAGAUGAUGUGGAGAGCUGCAGCCAUGAGGUAGCAGGGCUGACAGAGGCAUUGGCCCUAUUUGAAAAACUGUUUCAAUAAAUUCA